UCCCGAACCUGCUUCGCCUUCGGCCCGUUUCUUCUCCUCCCUUGUACACCAUCUUCAACGUUCUGCGCAGCUUCCAGAUCCUUCCACAGGCUUCCAGCAUGUCUCUCAACUCCUUCCCCCUUAUAACCUCUCCCUCCGUUGCGCGAUCUCUCUCAUCCCCCAUAAUCCAAAAUCUACUCCCUUUCUCUCUCUAUCUCUAGCCUCUCGCUCGCCAUCAAUGGCCGCCGAAGCUCCCCAGUCGUCCCCCGACGCCGCCUCCCUCACCCUCGUCCUCCCCUUCUUCCUCGGCUUCUCCACCCCCGCGCCGCCGCCGGACCAAGCCGAAGCCGGCGCCGCCGCCGGGUCCCAGUCGCGGUUUGUCCUCAUCAACCCGUUCGCCCAGAGCCUGGUCGUCGUCGGGGCCGGCGCGGACCCCGCGGGCGGCGCCAAGGCCGGCGGCCGCCGGCGUCGAGGGCGUCCGUCGAGGCCAUGCCGAGCGUGGAGGUCGAGGAGGGCCGCGAGUGCGAGUGCGCCAUCUGCCUGGAGGGCGUCGCGGCCGGAGAGACGGCGCGGGAGAUGCCGUGCGGGCACAGGUUCCACGGGGGAUGCAUCGAGCGGUGGUUGGGGCUCCACGGGACGUGCCCCGUGUGCAGGUACGAGAUGCCGGUCGAGGAAGGGGAGGCGGGCGGGAAGCGGGAAGGGGGAGUCUGGGUAAGCUUCGCUUUCGGCGUCGGUGGCGGCAACAGUGACGAUCGCGUUCCUCCUCCUUCUUCUUCUUAGAUUUCUAGAGGCGAUCCUGAUCGCGAUAAGCGGCGAAUUGGGUCAAAGAUUCUUUCUUGUUUUCUUCGUUUCCUUUUUCAUUCUAUGUAGAUUGUACAGCGCUAUACGACUUUAAUUUAUUUCAAUGGUAAUCGUAGUGCCGGUAGCCAUUCUUGAAAA